AUGGACUAUCAUCUUAGGAGCCAGUUGGCAGCUCGCCAUAUCCAGAACCUCAGCGAAGCCUCGUCCUUAGAGCCUCAUUGGGGUUAUGCAGACCGAGCUGUCCCCUGCACCAACGAUGCUGGAUCAUGCGCAUAUCUUGAUCUUGUUUACGGCUCCCACGACCGGGGUAUGUUAUACGUUGGUAUUCUAUGGAUCAUCAUUGGCGGCAUUCUUUUGAUCUGGACCAUUGGAAGACGGGCCAUUCCAUCCCUCUCCGAGGAAGACGUCCUUCGUGCUGCCCUCCUAGAAGACACACGCGCGAGCAAGAGCUUCGUCCACCGCCUCCGCCAAGCCACCUCUUCUGCGGUCAACCGCUAUCUCCUUCCCGACUGUGUCCGACCCAUCUUUGGACGCACCACGCGUCUUCAGGUAUUAAUCCUGACCGUAUUGGCUGGUUACCUUCUGGUUUUCUCCUUCGUCGGCAUGAUCUACACCACUUGGGUAACGCCCGUCAAGAAAAUGCCAGGGGUCUACAACACUCGAACUUCUCUCGGCCCCUGGUCUGAUCGUCUCGGAAUCCUUGCCUACGCUCUCACGCCCUUGACCGUUCUCUUUGCUACCAGAGAGUCGAUCCUCUCUCUUCUCACCGGAGUCCCCUACCAGAACUUCAACUUCCUUCACCGCUGGCUAGGAUACAUCAUUGUCAUUCAGUCAAGUCUGCACACUAUCGCGUGGUUAGUGGUCGAAGUUCGACUGUACCAGCCUCAACCGUCCGUCGCAAAUGAGUGGAUCUCCCAGCUAUACAUGAUCUGGGGCUGUAUCGCCCUGUUCUUCCUCAUGGCACUCUACGUCCUAAGUCUGCCUCCGGUUAUUCGUCUGACGGGAUAUGAGUUCUUCCGGAAGUCUCACUAUGUUCUUGCAAUGCUAUACAUUGGAGCUUGUAUCGGUCACUGGAAGAAUCUCGAGUGCUUUAUGAUUCCAUCUCUCGUUCUUUGGUUCCUGGAUCGCGCUGCCCGUGGUAUCAGAACGGCUCUACUACACCAUAACUUCAUCGAGGGCAAGGGCAUGGGCUUCUCUGCUGCCCAGGCUGCCUUGACGAUUUUCCCGGACGCGGAGGACGGCGAUGUCGUCCGACUCGACUUCGAACAUCCUCAUGACGCAUGGCACAUCGGCCAGCACUUCUAUCUGUGUUUCUCCGAAAGCAGUAUUUGGCAGUCUCACCCGUUCACUCCUCUUAACGCGCCCCUGACGGUGAACGGAAAGACGAAGCAUUCAUACAUUUUCCGUGCCAAGGGCGGCGAGACCAGAAAGGUGGCCGAGAUCGCCGCACGAAAGCUUGCCGCCCUCUCCGGCGACAAGGAACAUGCUGCGCCCACGACGCCAGUGAUACUGACGGGGCCAUACGGAGACCCAAUCAUUCGAAAUAUCACCUCGGAUGUCAACAUUCUCUGCGUCGCUGGUGGUACUGGAGUGACGUACGUUCUUCCGGCUUUGAUAAGCCUCAAGAGGCACUCGGGGAAUUCUCGGAAGCUCGAGCUUGUCUGGGUCGUAAGACACAUGAGCGACGUUGCUUGGAUCAAACCCGAACUUGAUGCCCUGGAGACCAGUGAUGGUCCAAAGGUGGUUAUCCGCAUCUUUGCAACGCGCGAUGCUCGCAGUCAACCCCCGAGCCGAUCUAGCAAGGCCAUUGAGGCUUCUGAAUCUGGAUCUACGUCGGAGGACGCAGCUGGUUCCGAUGAGAAGCAGGCUCAAGUGUUGUCACGCGUUGUGACGGAGACGACGAGCGGCGAAGCCUCUGGGCAUCCCCAGCUAGACACCAUUGUUCGGAACUUCGUGGAUAAUACUGCCUCUGGUAGAACGGCCGUAUUUGCCAGUGGCCCUGGUGGCCUGAUGUCCGAUAUGCGUGUUGCGGUCUCGAAGUGCAACUCAGUGAGUAGGGUAUGGAGAGGAGAGGAGCGGUAUAAUGUGACCCUUGUCCAUGACGAGCGUAUGGAAAGGUGA